CGCUUAUCGUCUUCAGGAUUUGGAAUGUGCAUCGCAGAACGGAUAAACUCACCCGGCUCCAGUCCUAUCGGUCUUACAUGUUCAGCAGGGUCAUCUGUACAUUGAUCGAGUCGGGCACCAUGUACGCCGUAUCCAUGACUGUCACGUUGGCAUUCUACAAACAGGGAGGUCUCGAUGCCGAUUUUCCUAUAUCUAUUACAUCUACCGUUACUGUGAGAUUAAUUCCUACAAGGCCCGCGACGAUAUGGCAAGAACCACCCAGGUCAAUUCUAGAGUUCAACCGCACUCUUGACCCGACUAGCAGUUUCCCCGCCAUGCGUUUUGACAUCCAUGAAGAUUCUGGGGCGUCAACGUCGUCGGAUGAGAGACUUACAGAGAGGGAUUCAGAUCCUGAAAAGGAAUGGGGUAAGGAUCGGGUCGAGGCAGUUUAAUGGCCAGUGGCCUAUUGUUGAAGUCGGGUUAUAGAACAGGGA